UGGGAAUGGGGUUCAGUCAUUUCCGGGCCCCGCUUUCGCUGGAGGAAAGAGACCGUUCGCGUUGGGCACGUGCGGCGUCGUUGGGGGCUCCCCCGCGGGACGAGAGAUACUAACAUCGGUUUAUGGCUGCCUUGUAAUUUAAUCCUUGACUUCCUGAGUGGUGCCAUCACUCCGACUUCCACCCCCCAAACAAAGAGACCAACUUACUUUCAGUUCAAUUAUAGUCAUUCAGACAUUGCCGGAAGAAAGCCAUUGAGCCAUGUUUCGAAUCUUUUUGGAGACGGUGCUGACCCAAGGAUCGAAGGAGGAAGCUGUGGAUGCGGUGGGGGGCCUCGAGAUCCCCGAGGCUCGCAGCCCUGGGGAACCCUGGGAAAAAAAUCUCAACAAAAUCCCGAGGGAAGAGAAAGGUAACUCCUACGUCCAGCGCCAACACUUCAGGCAGUUCCGCUACCGGAAGUGCGCCGGACCCCGAGGGGUUUACAGCCAGCUUCAUGAUCUGUGUUGCCAAUGGCUGAAGCCAGGAGAGCAUACGAAAGCGGAGAUCCUGGAUCUGGUGAUCUUAGAACAGUUCUUGACUAUCCUGCCUCCCGACAUGAAGAGCUGGAUCAGAGAAUGUGGAGCUGAGACCUGUUCCCAGGCGGUGGCCCUGGCCGAAGGCUUCCUCCUGAGCCAAGUAGAGGACAGGAAGCCGAAAAUGCAGGGCCUGUUUGUGGAUGCUUCUAACGAUUUCCCCAAAAUUAAGAAGGAGGCUCCCUCAGACGCAGGACAGAGGCAGUUCUUCAAGCAGAUCUUAGAGAAUGAAGAUGCCGUAUUGCAGGGCAAUGAGAAAUCUUUGAUGAGGCCUCCGAAUAUGUCUACUCUUGUUUCUAGAGUGGGAUCUGCUUCAGCUGAGUCAGCUAUGGUUCCGCUGUCUUUUGAGGACGUGGCUGUGUAUUUCACUGAAGAAGAGUGUCCUUUGUUGAAUGCAAGCCAGGUGGCCCUGCAGCUGGAGGUUAUGGUGGAGAACUACCAAAACCUGACCUUUAUAGGGAGGGAGGCGUGGAAUGAGGCUGAGGAUGAAUCACAAAGAGUGUCCUUAAAAAGAUCCAGAUCCAUCCAGGAGGGACUACAGAGCGAGGGAACGGAGGAGCGGGUCAAGGUCAUGAGAUGGGACGAAUUCUCUCUUUCGGAACGUCAUCCUAUCCAAGGUGCAACGGGGGCCCCGCCAAGAUAUCCGGGAAACAACGCACCUUUGGCGCCCGCAAGCGGGAACUUUUGCAAAACAAUCCAAGCAAAAUCGAGCACGAGAAGCAUCUCGGAUUCUAAGACAGUGGAUUCUCCUGAAACGCCCGCCCAAGGGCAGUUGGCUCAGAAACCCAGAAUGAAUACAUGUCCCAUCUGUGGGAAAAGCUUCGCUUAUAGGUCUCUCCUGCACGAACACGAACGAAUCCAUGCCAAGGAGAAGCCCUUUAAAUGCAACGAAUGCGGCAUCAGCUUCAGUCAAAUGGCAACCCUGACCUCUCACAAACGCAUCCACACGGGGGAGAAACCCUAUCAAUGCAUGGCAUGCGGAAAGAGUUUUAGCCAUAGCAUCACUCUCCAUUCUCAUCGAAGGAGCCACAAAAUUUAAACGUGCCGAAGCGGCAAAGGCCGCCAUAUUCAAAAUCCAAAGCCUUCCCAAACAGCAAAAUUUUGUGCAGGGCAGAAACUGAUGGUUAUAUUCAUCGUGGAAAGUACCUCAAGCUUUAGGUACAAACUUUUACAAAUCUCUAUAAAUAGCCUCCUUUUUUUGGCAGCUGCCUGAAAUAUUGAUUUGGAUUCUUCUUUUUCCCUGCCCCAACAUUAUUUUUCCGAAGUUCUAUUUAGCUAGUUUUAUGGAGUUGAGAAAGAGAGAGAUGGGAUUUAUUUAAUGAUUAAUCAUAAAUGCUUUUAUAUCUGUUUUUUUCCUUACUACUGUAAGCCACCCAGAGAAAAUUCGAGGUGGUGAGAUGGGCAGCAUCUACAUUUAGACACUAACUGAAAGAAUAAAUAAAUAAACUAGAAUCCCAGCUAGUGAAUUCAUUUCAAUGUAUGUUUAUGGAAAUUCUCAGUCCUCCAGAUCAUGGUUAUCCCAAAGGUGCUUUUUCAAGAGGCAACUGGACUUUCUGGUUUUUUUUGAAAAAGCACCUCUCAGAUAUUCAGUAUGUAUAGGGCAACAGCCAGUUUGGUGUUGUAGUUUUAAGACAACAGGGAAGCCAAGUUUCUAUAGAUGUAGGAGAAGAUUAGACAUAAACAACAUAUGAGCAUACAAGAGAGCAAACACAAAUCAAGACACUAAAACAGUGGUUCCCAAUGUUGGGCCCAUGCCCCAGAGGGGUAAUUUGAACCUUGUUUAAACCAAGUUAAUAGCCGCGUGAGUAGCGUUCACUUUUUUUUAAAAAAAAUUAUUUUAGAAUAAACAGAGAAAACAACAAACACCACAAAAAUAUCUUCCAUUACAAAUUAUAAAGAGUGUGUUAAUGGGUUACAAAGAGCUUCCGUGCAUCCCUUCCACAGUCAUCACCUACAAUUCAUAUCGUUAUAUGUUUUAAAUCAAAUAUAUUUACAUAUAUUAUCAUCAUCAUAUCUCAGUGUUAUAUGACUAUGGUUGUUUUUACGUCCCUUUAUAUAAAAUAUUCCAAAAUUUAAAGCAAAACCACAUGAUGGCAUUCUCAAUAUCAUCUUU